AAUGGGGCAUUUGCAGCCAAAAUUGUUUACAACUGAAGCAUGGACAUAAGUGCUAUUGUGAACCCGGCUUCAUGUUAGAACCUGAUCAUUACACUUGCAAAAGUACAGAUCCUGCUGAACCAUACAUCAUAUUUUCUAACCGACAUGAACUUCGCAGUGUUGAUUUAAAAUCGAUGGUUGUUAAGGCACUAAUAUCAGGCUUGCAAAAUACAGUGGCAGUGGAUUUCUUUCAUUCUUCAAAAGGAGAUAUGAUAUUUUGGACUGAUGUUGUUGAAGAUAAGAUAUAUAGGGGAUAUGUAAUAUCUGGAUCACUUACAAACAUUGAAGUUGUUGUGCAGACAGGCCUUGCUACGGCUGAAGGAUUAGCUGUAGAUUGGAUUGGUGAAAAUUUGUAUUGGGUUGAAAGUAAUUUGGAUCAAAUAGAAGUUGCUAAAUUAACAGGAAAGCAUCGAAGAACCUUAAUUGCCAGUAAUAUGGAGAAUCCUCGAGCAAUUGCGUUGGAUCCCAGAUACGGAAUGUUGUUUUGGACUGAUUGGGACACAUCUGCUCCAAGAAUAGAACGAGCUUCUAUGAGUGGUGAGGGCCGCUCUAUCAUUUGCAGAGUUGAUGAAAUAAUAACAGAAGGUGCUUGGCCCAAUGGCUUAACGCUAGAUUAUAUUGCAUUGCGAGUCUAUUGGAUUGAUGCAAGGUCUGAUUCCAUACAUACAAUUACAUAUUCUGGAAAAGAUCACCGAGAAAUAUUAAGGAAUCAUGAAAGCUUGUCUCAUCCUUUCAGCAUUGCACUGUUUGGAAACUUUGUCUAUUGGACAGAUUGGAGAACUAAUUCUGUCUUACGGGCUAACAAAUGGAAUGGUACAGAUAUUCGAGUAGUGCAGAGAGCUAUUACUCAACCCUUUGAUAUUGUUGUUUAUCACCCAGCUAGACAACCUAGAGGAAAUGAAACUAAUCCUUGUAAAGAAGAUAAUGGUGGUUGUUCACAUUUGUGUCUGUUGAGCUUUAAUAAUACUCGGUCCUGUGACUGUCCACACUUGAUGAGUUUAGCAUCUGACAUGAAAACAUGUUACAAGAAUGAGAAAGUUCUACUCUUUACCCGGCAAAAUGAAAUUAGAGGGGUGGAAUUAACUAUGCCGUAUUAUAAUAUGAUCCCACCUGUUAGUAUGCCAAAGGUAAUGAAGGUGCAUCAAAUUGAUUUUGUUGCUUCACGUCAUCAAAUAUACUGGUCUGAUGGUGAUUUAAGUGAAGUGAAAAGGGCUAAUUUAUCUGGUUCAUCAGUGGAAACUUUGAUUGAUACAAUUCUAGAGAGUCCUGAUGGGUUUGCUGUUGAUUGGGCAUCUCAGAAUCUUUUUGUGACAUCAUCUGGAAACAAUGCUCGAAUAAUUGCUAGUAACCUUGAUGGGGAGUAUAUUGUAAAUAUCAUCACUGAAGAGCUAUACAAUCCUCGUUCUCUUGCUGUGGACCCAUUUGAAGGGUUGCUUUUCUGGUCUGACCAUAAAGAAGAAAACAACAACCACAUGAUUGAAAUGGCAAGUAUGGAUGGAUCAAAUCGUCGAACACUGAUCUCAGAGUCAGAAGAUAGCAAUCUAAACAUGCCAAUCAGUUUAUCAAUAGAUUUCCAGUCUGAUAUUAAGUAUCUGUAUUGGAUUGAUAAUGGAAAUGAUUUGAUUCGUCGUAUGGAUCUCAGAAAGUUCCAAGUGGAGACAGUUGUUAUAAAAUCAGAAUUUUUGCUUAAGCCUUGUGCACUGACAGUUUACAAUGAUGAUAUCAUUUUUGCAACUGGCCCAGAAGACAAUUCAAUAUAUUCUAUUAAUAAUAAAGCAUCAUCUAAUGAAACUAUUCCUGUUCUUUUGAGAAAUGGAACGGAUGGAAUAUUAGCUUUGAAAGUUUAUGAUGAAGAAUUACAGAAUAGUACAAAUAUAUGUUCCUACAACAAUGGAAAUUGUUCCCAUCUGUGUUUGCCCAUAUCACGAACUGAGCGUGUCUGCAAGUGUACAAUUGGAUAUCAUGUAGAUCCUGGAAAUGACACUAAUUGCAUUGGCACAAGUACUUUCCUGAUGUAUUCAUUGAAUUGGGAAAUAGUUGGGAACUCAUUAGACAAAGAAACUAUGAAUGAACCUAUUCUUGCUCCAAUAUCUAGGAUAUCAAUGGCAACAUCUAUUGAUUUCUAUGAUGCUGAAGAUUAUCUGUAUUGGACAGACAGUGAUGCUGGAAGCAUAACCAGAGUAAAGCGUGACAUGACUCAUAGAGAAGUUGUCAUUCAGGGGCUUGAUUCCAUAGAAGGAUUUAGCAUUGACUGGAUUGCAGGCAAUAUGUAUUGGAUUGAUGCAACUUUUGGAUCUAUUGAAGUUUCACAUUUAAAUGGUAGUAACAGAUAUGUAGUAGUGUCUGGAAAAAUGUCCAAACCUAAAAAUCUGGUUGUGCAUCCUUUUCGUGGUAUAAUGUUUUGGUGUGAUUGGGAAAUUCCUCCAAAAAUCGAAGUUGCUGGAUUAGAUGGCAGCCAGAGACAUGAUUUUCUGAAUUCUUCACUGCAACUCAUUCAAGACUUGGCUAUUGAUUUUGAAGAAGACAAGUUGUAUUGGACAGAUGCUCGAACUCAUACAAUUGAACGCAUCAAUUUGGAUGGCAGUAGGCGAGAAGUUAUAAUUGGUCAUGAUGUUUUAGAGAAGCCCAUGUCAAUUACUGUGUUUGGUAACUACGUAUUUUGGUCUGAUAUCCAGAAGUCAGGAGGUGCUAUCUAUAAAGUAGAUAAAAGAAGUUUAGAAAACAUGGAAAUGAAUAUUGAAUUGGUACGAGGUGACUUGGGAGAUUCAUUAAAGGAUGUCGUGAUAUAUCACAAGCGAAACAUUUCCGAAACAAACCCUUGUUAUAGAAAUUGCACAGACGGUCAAUGCCAACUCACUGGGCGAUGUGGGACAAACCUUCAGGGUUGUAUGAACCCUGACCUUUGUCUUUUCCAAGGAAAUACUUCAUACACUUGUGCUUGCUCACAUGGCCAGUUGACAGAAGAUGGGCAUUCUUGCAAACCAUACGAUGGUUUUGUCAUGUUCUCAAGAGUGUUACAGAUUGACAGCAUCAACAUGUUUGAUGAAAACAAUCCCAAUGCACCUUAUCCAAGUAUCAACAACAAAGAUCAUAUGAGAAAUGUGAUUGGGCUUUCUUUCGAUUACUAUGGAAAACGACUGUUCUAUUCUGACAUCCAAAGAGGGACCAUCAAUAGUGUGUACUUCAAUGGAACAAGUCACACCAUCAUUGUUGAAAAACAAGGCUCAGUCGAAGGCCUAGCUUAUGAUCCAGGUAACAAAGACCUCUACUGGACUAGUCACAGUGAUAGUUCUUUAAGCAGAAUUAAUUUGGCCACAGAAGGUUCUAGACCAGAGGUUAUUAUAUAUCUAAGCUCUGAUGACAAACCAAGAGGCAUUGAUGUCGACAGUUGUGCAUCUCGCAUCUACUGGACAAACUGGAAUACAAGAAAUCCGAGUAUACAGAGGGCCUUUUUGAGUGGUUUUGGAUUGCAUUCAAUCAUUGAAACCAAUAUUAGAAUGCCAAAUGCUUUGGCAUUGGAUCACAAGUCACAAAAACUGUACUGGUCUGAUGCAAGACUUGAUAAAGUUGAGCGAUGUAAUUUGGACGGAACUGAAAGAUAUGUUCUAUUAAGUGAGCAUCCACAACAUCCAUUUGAUUUGGCUGUUUAUGGUGAUUUUAUUUUCUGGACUGACUGGGUAUCACACGCUGUGAUGAGAGCUGACAAAUAUACUGGCAGCAGUGUUGUCACCUUGCGCCGAAAUAUUGCUAGACCAAUGGGAAUUGUUGCCAUUGCAAAUGAUACUGAUUGCACUUUGAAUCCUUGUCAUAUUCUCAAUGGUGGAUGUGAAGAUAAAUGUACUGUGGCUGCUGAUGGUCAUGUUGUUUGCUCUUGUUUACCUGGAAGAAUUUUAUUAUCUGAUAAUAAGAGAUGUGUUGAAAAAGAAGCCAAUUGCACAACCAAAGAGUUUGACUGUGGCAAUGGAAUGUGCAUACCAUUUGAACUUACCUGUGAUGGUGUUUCAGCUUGUCAGAAUGGAACUGAUGAACAUGAAGAGUAUUGUAGUAUUAGAAUAUGUCCGUCUGAAUUUUUUCAUUGUGCCAACAAUCGCUGCAUUCCUAAAGCUCGAGUCUGUGAUGGACAAAAUAGUUGUGGAGACUAUAGUGACGAAAUCCUGUGCAAUUGUGCUCUUGACCAAUUUCGGUGCGACUCUGGUGGACCAUGUGUCAAUGAAUCAUAUCGCUGUGAUAAUGAUCCCGAUUGCCCUGAUGCCAGUGAUGAAAUAAAUUGUCCUCAGCCUGAUUGCUCACUUCAUCCAUUAUUUUGGGAUCCCAUGCAGAAACUGAUUAAUUGCGCGCAUACAACAGCUUGCAUUCAUCCUGCUUGGAUAUGUGAUGGCCAAAAUGAUUGCUUUGAUAUGUCUGAUGAAAAGGAUUGUGAAGAAAUUCCAGAAAAAUCAUGCCCAUCCAAUUCAUUCCAGUGUGAAGGAGGGGAUUUAUGUAUACCACAAAUGUGGAAAUGUGACAGGGAUGAUGACUGCAAUGAUGGAGUUAAUGGUAGCGUGAGCUCGGAUGAAAAGGGCUGCAAGUAUGGUUGCCGUGCAGAUCAAUUUCAGUGCAGUAACCAAGAUUGCAUUCCUGGUGUGUGGCGAUGUGACGGCCAUCCUGACUGUUUGGAUAAAUCAGAUGAAACUGAUCAUUGUAGUACUCGUCAGUGUGAAAGUCAUGAAUUUCGCUGUAAUAACACUGGACAGUGCAUACCGUUAAAUUGGGUAUGUGAUGGAGAAAAUGAUUGUGCUGAUAAAGAAGCAUCCGAUGAACAUCCAGAACGUGGCUGUGUGGAAAACAUAUGCAAACCAAAUGAAUUUCAAUGCUUAAAUUUUGUUUGCAUUACUAAAAGCUUCUAUUGUGAUGGUGAUAAUGACUGUGGUGAUAACUCUGAUGAACCAGAAAAUUGUCCUAAUCGUUUGUGCAGAAAUGAUGAAUUUGAGUGUGAAAACAAGCGCUGUGUACUGAAGUCUUUGAUGUGUAAUAAUGUAGAUGAUUGUGGAGAUAACACGGAUGAAAAUUUGGACAUUUGUGGCUCUACUGUGAAUAUUACCAUAUGUGGAGAAAACGAAUUUAAGUGUGACAAUGAUAAGUGUGUCUUGCAAACUGUUUUGUGUGACGGUGUAAAUAAUUGUGGGGACUAUUCUGAUGAGAAUAAAUGCAACAUUAAUGAAUGUGAAUCAGAAUUCACUUGUGCACAAGAGUGUGUUGAUAUGCCCAUAGGAUAUAAAUGUAGUUGUCGAGCCGGAUAUAGACUUAUGGAGGAUGGUCAAAAGUGUGAAGAUAUUGAUGAGUGUUUGGAGGAAUAUCCCUGCAGUCAACAUUGCCGCAAUUCUUUGGGCUCUUACAAGUGCUUUUGUGAGACUGGCUAUUUAUCUUUGGAUGGCGGUGUAACAUGUAAAGCUAAUAGUACUGUGAAACCAAUGUUGAUCUUUUCAAACCGAUACUACAUCAGACAAAUUGACCUUCAUGGACAUGAUACUGAACUUCUUGCCCGCAAUCUUACAAAUUCAGUUGCAUUGGAUUUUGAUUGGCUGGAAAAUUGUUUGUAUUGGUCAGAUGUAACUGCUCUCGGCAGCAGUAUCAAAAGAAUGUGUUUGAGUACACCUGGCCACCAGCUUUUACAUGCUGGCUCAGUUCAGAGUCCUGACGGAUUAGCUGUUGAUUGGAUUGGCAGGAAUUUAUAUUGGUGUGAUAAAGGGAAGGAUACCAUCGAAGUCUCAACUUUAGAUGGUCGAUUUCGCAAAGUUUUAAUCAGAAAGGGCCUCCAGGAACCUAGAGCCAUUGUCCUUGAUCCAUUUCGUGGGUAUAUGUAUUGGACUGAUUGGGGGGAUAGACCAUACAUCGGAAAAGCUGGCAUGGAUGGUACACAUUUUAGCAAAUUGAUAAAUAAAUCCUUAGGCUGGCCGAAUGCUCUUACCAUAGAUUAUGUGACACGGGAAAUCUUUUGGGCUGAUGCUAAAGAAGAUUAUAUAGCUGUUGCUGAUUUGGACGGUGAGAAUCGAAGAACUGUCAUUGCCAGAGGUCCAUUUGAUGCUGUUCAUCAUAUAUUUGCUUUAACGGUGUUUGAAGAUCAAUUAUACUGGACUGAUUGGGUGACAAAAAGCAUUGAAAGGUGCCAUAAAUAUCAUUGUGAAAAUUAUACAACAAUUGCCACAACUACUCAUCGUCCAAUGGAUAUACAAGUUUUUCAUCCUUAUCGACAGACAUCAUUAAAAAAAUCAAAUCCUUGCACUGCAGCAGAGUGCACUACUUUAUGUUUGCUCAAACCUGGAGGUGAGGCUACAUGUGCCUGCCCGGAACAUUAUGUCCUUGAAGAAGAUAAUGUCUCCUGUAAAAAUAAUUGCACUAGCUCUCAAUUUGUAUGUUCUGCAACCUAUAAGUGCAUUCCUAAUUGGUGGUUCUGUGAUACCCAAGAUGAUUGUGGUGAUAAAUCUGAUGAACCUGAUUAUUGUCCGCCUUUCCACUGCAGCCCUGGACAAUUUCAGUGUGCUAAUGGUAAUUGCAUUCAACCUAACCAAAUUUGUGAUCGUGUCACACAAUGCAGGGAUAUGUCUGAUGAAAAAGAUUGUGAUAAGCAUACAUGUCUAUUGAGCCAAUUCAAGUGUCCUAGAAAUGGCACUACUCAAGCAUAUUGCAUUAGUCUUGCCAGUCAUUGUGAUGGAACUAAAGACUGUCCUGGUGGAGAAGAUGAAAUGAAUUGCACUCCAAGAACAUGCUUGCCAAAUCAAAAACUCUGCCAAAAUUCAAAAUGUAUUCCAGCUGUUUGGGAAUGUGAUGGAGAUGAUGACUGUGGAGAUAAUUCUGAUGAACCUGAGGAUUGUAUUCGAAGAGUGUGUCCCACGAAUUUCUUCCGCUGCAAUUCUGGACGUUGUAUCCCCCUCUCUUGGAAAUGUGAUGGAGACAUGGACUGUAAUGAUAGAGAGGAUGAACCAGACUCUUGCCAUGACACUACCACUUGUCACCCUUCAUACUUCAAGUGCAACAACAAUAGGUGUAUUCCUGGCCGAUGGCGUUGUGACUAUGACAAUGACUGCGGUGAUUUGUCAGAUGAAGCUGGCUGUGUUCCUCGAAAUUGCUCAGAAAGUGAGUUUCAGUGUGACAAUGGCAAAUGUAUCAGUUCUUCCUGGCAUUGUAAUGGCGAAUUUAAUUGUGAUGACCAGAGUGAUGAAGUUAACUGCAAUAUAUCUUGCAAGUCCAAUGAGUUUUUGUGCAAGUCAACUAACUUCUGCAUACUACUUGAUUGGCGCUGUGACGGUGAUACUGAUUGUGCUGAUGGUUCAGAUGAAGAAGGCUGUGGUAUAACAUGUCAACGCGGUGAAUUCACUUGCAAGAAUGGACAAUGUAUAUCUGCUUUGUGGCAGUGUGAUGGAGAAAAUGAUUGUAAUGAUAAUUCAGAUGAAAAUUCUGAACUUUGUAGCAAAAUUGCAUGUCCUCCUGGACGUUUCCGCUGUGCUAACAACUAUUGCAUUUCUCGAGUUAAGGUAUGUGAUGGCCAUGAUGAUUGUGGGGACAACUCUGAUGAGCAGCCAAAAUUCUGUCCUAACCACCAACAAUGUGCAAGUCAUCAGUUUCAAUGUUCCAGUGGUCACUGCAUUAAUGAAAUUUUUAGAUGUGAUCAUUUUGAAGAUUGUGAGGAUUUUUCAGAUGAAAUUGACUGUGAGUAUGGACCUUGUAGUUUUGGCACCUGUUCGCAACUGUGUACUGCUAAAAAGAAAGAUGCGUAUUCCUGUGAGUGUGUUCCUGGUUAUCAACCAGUUCCUGGUGAAAAAGGAUCUUGUCAUGCUGAAGGGAAAGAAGCUGUAAUAUAUUUAGCAAGUGAAAAUAAGCUCCGUCAGAUCACGCCAUACAAACCAUCAUUGCAUGAAAUUAAUGAUGUGCUUAGCCCCGAAGCCAACAGGAACCGUAUUGAGUCAAUUGAUGUCCUUUAUCGAGACACAGAUCUUAUUGUGUUUUGGAUUGAUGUGCAUCACAAGGCUAUUUAUCGGUAUACGUACAAAUUGUUGAACAAUGACAGCGAAAGUAAUGUCCGAAGAAAGAGAGAAGACAAUCUUUCUGUGAUUAUAAAAGACUUGGCUGAACCUAAAAGCAUAGCGGUUGAUUGGAUUAACAAUCACAUAUAUUGGGUAGACGCUGGAACAGAUACCAUUUCUCUGGCUUCUCUGGAUGGAUCUUUGCAUCAGACUAUUAUAUCCACAAAUGUAGAUCAACCUACUGACAUUGCAGUAGAUCCUGAAGCAGGGUUUAUUUAUUGGACAGACUGUGGAACCAGUGCUAAGAUAGAAAGAGCACAAUUGGAUGGAAGUGAUCGACAGACGAUUGUUGAAAAGAAUAUAAUUUGGCCAACUGGCAUUGCUAUUGACUAUCCAGCCAAAAGAAUAUAUUGGGCAGACCCUAAAACAUCUCGUGUUGAAUCUGUUAACAUGGAUGGAAGACAUAGGCAUCUCAUUAAAGCUUUCCAAUCUUCUGAGGAAAAGCCAUUCAAACUUGAUGUUUUUGAAGACUAUGUGUACAUUACAACCAUUCCAAGUAAUGCUGUUAUUCGCUUGGAUAAAUUUGGAAAUGGCAACAUUACUUAUCUCAUUCGAGGCCUCAACAAAGCGAAUGACAUUGUUUUAGUACAAGAAAACCGCCAGUCGAACAUGAGUUCUCCAUGCUUGUCAGAAAACAAUCCAUGCAGCCCAAAUACUUUAUGCAUUGCAAAAAACCAAACCUAUUCCAUCUGUCUGUGUUCUGAAUCUGGUAAUGAAUCGGUGAGUGAUGAAGUUCCAGACUGCAUUGUUCCAGUUCCAAAACCAGAAGUUUUACCAGGUAUUUCAUUUCCAGUUUGUAGAUUGAAAUGUUUUAAUGGUGGAACAUGUUCCGUAAAUGAAAACAAUGAUCCCUUUUGCAGCUGUAAACCCACUUAUGAUGGCCCCAACUGUGAAAUAAAUAGAUGUGCAAAUUAUUGCAAAAACAAUGGCAUUUGUCAAGUCGAUGUUCCAAAGAAUAGUGCAUAUUAUAAAAAACCAGAUUUAAAAUGCAGUUGCCUUCCCAUUUGGACUGGUGAAAAAUGUGAAACUGCUAUCAACAGAUGUGAUGAUUUCUGCUAUAAUGGCGGAACCUGCUAUAAUGUCCAGAAUCAAAGACAUUGUACUUGCCCUGCGAAUUUCUUUGGAUUAAGAUGUGAAAAAUGCAGAACCAUUAGCUGUCAAAAUGAUGGCAUAUGUAGACUGGAAACCUCUGGAAAAUAUUCUUGUGCUUGCAUGGCUGGAUACCAUGGGCCUUCAUGUGAAUUGUCCAAGUGCACUGAUUAUUGCCAGCAUGGGGAUUGCUCUAUUGUAAAUGGUGUUCCAAUGUGUAGUUGUGAUGCUGGUUAUUCUGGAAAACAAUGUGAUCAAGAUCUUUGUGAUGUACUGUGCUUAAAUGGAGGUACCUGCAAACGUGGAGCAAAGAAACCAAGUUGUGCUUGUCCUAAAGGAUUUCAAGGUCGACGAUGUGAGCAAGACAGAUGUGGUUGUUUGAAUGGUGCCACCUGUGUUUCUACCAAAAAUGAAAAUGGAAUAGAUUAUGCUUGCCAUUGUCCUGCCAAAUACUCAGGAACACACUGUGAAACCUUCAGCCCCUCUUCCUGUGCUGAUAUUGUUUGUGAGAAUGGAGGGACAUGUCAAAUGUCCAAGGGAAAUCCAAUUUGCAACUGCUUACCAGGUUGGGUUGGUCUUCUCUGCGAAAUGCAGUCUGACAACUGGGAUAAAUGCUUAGGCUAUUGUCUUCAUGGAGGUGUUUGUACAUUGCCCUCAAAUGGUGUUGGUUCCCCUAUGUGCACGUGCGCCAGAGAUCGUGCUGGGAAGAGAUGUGAAAUCAGUACAUCAUGCAAUAACUUCUGCUUCAAUUAUGCAACCUGUGUUCCAGCUUUAAAUGCUGAUGAAAAACCUACAUGCAUCUGCCAAAGUGGCUAUUAUGGCCUCCGAUGUGAAACUAGCCAGCCAUUACCUUUGCCAAAAUCAAACGAAAAAUCUUUUUCAUCAGACUUGGUUGCAUCAAUUGGAAUACCAGUUUGUACAGUACUACUUUUGAUCAUUGUUAUUUCUUUUGCUGUUUAUAUCUAUUGUCGAAGAAAACGGGGUCUUCCAUUUAUGCAUGUUCGAAUGCAAGAUUCUGCCAAUGUGGAAAUAAAUAACCCAAUGUAUCUCAAGGAGGAUUAUGAUUAUGAAGCCAGUGAAGCUCUCAAUGGUUUAGUAUCUCCAGAAGGAGAUGAGGCAACAAAUUUCACAAACCCAGUCUAUGACUCUCUUUAUCCUGUCGGCUCCUCGGGGGAAGAGAAGAAAGGCUUGUUGCAUGGUGACACUGUCGGUGUCGAGUUCCGUGAAGGGCGUGCCGGGAGCACAACUCGUGCCGCUAUUGGCUCCCUGGGCGAAGGGGGACACCCACUUGCUUAAGUCGAGGUUCCUCGGUUUUCCUUCCAUCCAAUUUGACUUUAAUGCAAACGAAUAAGCAUGUUCCGUUUUUAUUAUUGAGAUAAUUUAACUCUGAAUCUCAUUUUCAAUUUUAUUUGUGAAGUAUGAAUGGCAUUUAUGUUGUUAUGAAGCUACAUCAUCUGAGGUCAAGUGAUGUUGUUAUAAUUCAUAAUUAAAAAUGCUCUUUUUUAUAAUUAGCAGGUUGAAAAAAGGCUUUUAGAGUUAUAUAUAGUGUAAUAAAAUGCACAAUAUUGUUUUUUUCCCCCCUGAGCUCUUUAUGAAUUUCAAUUUUUAAUGAGUUGUUAGCUAAAAGCUUUUGUUUUGCCUUUGAUAGG